ACGCGAAGGCAGUUCCCCACACGGAGAGUGUUGGAGGAAUUUCUGUGAAGGGAUUCGGCCGUCUGGUCGGCUAAAGGACUUUUUCUACCGGGGACAUGUGUCGCCUGCUUAGGAUAACGUUGUGAUGUGGUUUAUUUUCACUGGAAUAUUACACACCGUUUGAAAUGCUGUGCUGGUGAAAUGGUAAUGAAGGUGGUUGGUUGGAUAGUGUGUUCACGUGUGGAGUACAGCAACAAGUGUUUGAUUGUCUAAGUACUAGAUCUAGCUUUCGAUCGUGGCCGAAAUCCGGGUCUUCAUUUCGCUUUCUAUGUUUCCUGUUAAAUGAUACAGUCUUUAAUCAGUUUUGAACUCGUUACCGUUUUGCAAGAGAUGGUUGUAAAUUUUACAAAUUACCGGGCGGUGUUGUAGAUCGUUGCCCGGGUCGAAUAUUUAGGAACUGACCUGAAAGUCACAUGACAGGUGGCAUGGUGUCAUGGUGCUAGUGACAAGCUUCAGUGCCAUGCCGAACUCCAGACCAGGCAUCGUUUUGUCGCAGCAGAGGGGCGGGCACCGCAGGGAGUUCCUGACGUACGGCGUCGACGCCCCGGUGCCAGACCGUGGACGGAAUCUGCACGUGCCGGCUCUCUCUGGGUACCAGCCAGCCCUCGACAAAUCCCGGAACACGCCCCAGGAUUUGUUCCAGAACACGCCCCAGGAUUUGUUCCAGGACAAAUCCCAGGACGCUGUCCGUAAACUGAGCUCCUCCAGUUUAAAGAGCUCCUCGCUCGUGAACUUCUCUCAGCCCUCCAGCAACAUGACGUCACCGCUCUCGUCAUCUUCUGCGUCAUCGCUGCCCCAUUCUGGUAACACCAGGGUCAUGGUCAACGGGUUUUUGGUCGAUGUCAAACCGCCACUGGACGUCAAACCCGCCAUCGACCAACGCACCCGACGCGUGGGACAACAUCGACUCAACGGUCACAUCGACCGUCCAACGACCGAGUGGACUUCGAGUCUUGGCCGUGUUCCCAAAUCUGCUUCUUGUACUCAGAUUUCCCACGACCUUUCAUCGUUAAAUGACAUGAACGACUUAACCAGCGGCCGCCAUAGACCAUUUCCUAACGACCGUCCUAAAAAUGAAUUCAAGAAAUCGGGUAUUUUAAGAAUCAACGCGACGAAAAUACCGGAAGUCGUGCCCAAAAACGGACCGUCAAACGGCCUGGUCAAAAGUCCAUCGAUCGACCAAGCAAGCGGUCAAUUAUCUUCCUACCCGGACAUUGAUAAGUGGAGUCCCAGCUAUGUGAAGUUAAGCUUCUUAAUGGGAAAUGGGAACUCGGAUUCUAGGCGAGCCGUCAACUCGGGGAGUAAAGAAACAACGGGUCAGUCUAGUUUGGCCACGCAUGCGCAGUUGGAUAUUGGUGACGAUUACAAACAGCGGAGUAAUAUCGGCAGAGAGAGACUGGAUCGUGCGUACAAAAGUAGAUCCAUGCAGUGUCUUAAUGAACAAGGGGAUAAGAUGCCUGGGAAUUAUGUUAAUCCGGGGACGGUCCGUGUGGUGAGCGCGCACCAUAGUGACCAAUCCUCGACCGGAAGUAGUGAUUUGGUUGACUUUCACAAGAGUUAUGGGACGUACUCACGCCGCGGCAGUGACCAACAGCUCCGGCGGACGGUGUCGUACGAGCCGCAGGGUUUCGAACCUGCGCCUGUGAUCAACCGGACCUCCAGCGACGGUGAGAUAGAAUCUGAGUAUGUCUUGUUGGACCCCCGCUACGUGCCCUCGCUCCCCGCACGCUUAGGUCGAGUGGACGAGUUCCUGGUCAAACCCUCGGACUUCUGCCUCUAUCAUUUCUCACCAAACUCCUCCAUCUCAUCCAACGGUAGCUCCAAAGAGAACCAUCACGUGACCCAUCAUGACGCCCCCGCUAACCUUGACCCCUUGCAUGCGCCUGUGUUGAUUAGGCCUAGCGCCAGCAUGUACUGUGUUAAACCUAACCCUAACCAUGUAGACCCCAGAAUGCCUCACAAGAAACGACUAAACUUAGUCACCCUAGACACCGUGUCAGAGACUAGCAGCGCCCAGUUCUACUCCCCUAGAAGCUCCACCAGUAGUUCUAGAGAAACCGGAAGUCCCAGAUCUACCUCUAGCUUAACCCACACCCCGUUAAACUUUAACCCCGCCCCGUCUAGAAGAAGCGGAAGAGCUCCUUCUAAAACCGCAAGUGACCUCCCGCAGCAUAUGACCAGAAGCAGGUCACUCCCUGACCUCCAGGCGGAAGCGGAAGCCGACAAGGAGAUGUCCAGUAACUAUAGCGACGACGAAGAUGGGGACGACUUUGGAUUUUUGAGUUACCCAAUAUCCUUCUCUUGCUCACCAGCUAUGCACAAGGUCAAGCCCUCGUCGCCAGGAGCGCGCAUCUUCCCCAAGCGAUGGAGGAGUAAGACUAAAGCCAUACCCUCGCUCACCCCCACGGCCAUGUGGACGCCCGGACCUCCGGGGUCAUGCACGUGGUCCAGCGUGAGUGGCCGAAAAGUGCAGCUCCGGCCGAGCAGCAUCCUGAGUCUGUGUGAGGCCGAAAGACAAGUCCUGCAGACCAUCGCGCUCUCCAAGCUGCAGGCGAUGGAGAUCGGCUGCCCCAUCACACUACCAAAGGAAAAUGAUGAUUUACGAAAAACGAAAAAGUCAUCACUAUCUUUAAAAAGACGUUCAAAGUCUGUUAGUGCUCCCGCACUCGAUGCCAUGUGUAAAGACGGACAAGGUCUGGUGUUUGGCAUUCCUUUGAACAGGUGCUUGAUGAAUGACAGGGAGGUGGAGAAGAGGAGAAGAAAAGCAGCUGCCACUGGGAGCUCUUCUUCCAUGAAAAUGAGAACAGACAGCGGUGAGAACUUGGCGCUUCCUAGGUCUGCAAGAAAGUCGAGUAGCUCUUCUCAAGGUUCUUUGGAAAACAGCAGUAGUUUAGUUUCCCACCACCAUGACCUAGCUGUGCCAUCUCAUAAGAGAGCUGCCAGCUCCGAUAGCUUGUCAGAAUCAGAGUCUAGUCGAAACACAAGUUCUAGUUUGAUUGAUGCGUUGUCUCUGUCUACCUCCAACCCUGCCUCUCGGCCUGGAAGUCUGGCCAUUGAUGGCGCUCAGCUAGCCAAUCAGGGGGAGCCACAAGUCCCCUAUGUUGUGAAAGAAUGUUUUAGGCACAUUGAAACUUAUGGUUUACAAACACUUGGUAUUUUUCGAGUUGGAUGCUCGAAAAAGAGGGUCAAACAGUUACGAGAAGAGUUUGACAGUGGCAGGGAAGUGCACCUGACAGAUGAGUACAAUCCCCAUGAUGUUGGUGCUCUGCUGAAAGAAUAUUUUAGAGACCUACCUGAUCCACUUUUGACAAGAGAAUUAUAUUUGCCAUUUUUAUAUGCUAAAAGAUUAAAAGAUGAACAUAAAAGGCACAAUGCCAUUAAGCUUCUCAUCUCAAUGCUGCCUGUUGCUAACAGAGACACACUGUGGGCUUUAUUACGGUUCUUGGCUACAGUUAGCCAACAUGCUACUGACACAACUGAUGAAAAGGGAGAAGUUAUUUCUGGAAACAAAAUGGAUGCUCACAAUCUGGCAACGUUAUUUGGGCCUAAUAUUCUCCAUAGAACAAAGGCAGCAACUGAUAAGGAGUUAAUGUCCGAGUCUGCUGAGCGUGUUGAACAAAGUAAAGAAAUUAUUGAAGUUGUUAAAUAUAUGAUUGACAACAACCAUGAAUGUUUUGAGAUUUCUGGCAAUCUGAGAGAUGAUAUUUUAAGGUUAUUGAUUGAAUCCAAUCAAGACACUGCUGAUAGAAUUCUCAAAGGCCUAGCUAAUCAAAAUCAAAUUGAAGCAGAUCCUGAAUCUAUGUGCAGUGUGUUUGAGGAUGCAAUGAAUGGCCCUAUCUUAUAUCAUUCAAUGAACAGUGAUGCUGACCUUUUGUCAUAUGCCCGUAAAACUUCAUCCACAUCCCACCGUCCACUUCGAGUAACUAAGAGUGCAGACAACAGUCUGGAUCAACCAGCCUCAAAAGCAAGAUCAUCCCAUUUAUCAGAAUCUCAGGCUCUCUCGCCUUCUUCGAAAGACAAUCAGACUUUAGUUCCAUCCAGCCCUGUUGGCCCCGGCACAACCCGAUUUGACCUAGGUCACAACUUUCCCAGCCCUAUGGUUGGCUCUCGUGUUCCUAUACUAAAAGUAUCACACGAUACAACAAACACAGAAGUUGUUUUACGCGGCAGAUUAGAUGUAGCUAAUAUGGAGCGGCCCUAUUCAGAAGGUUACAACCAAAGUUUGAGCAUUCCAAGACCGGUAUAUUAUAGAGAAAACAGUGGAUCUAGUAUUAGCAGUGGUCUUUCAUCAUCGUUAAAUAGCCAUGGGGGCUCCGACAACAGCCAGACUGGUCAAUGGGUCUUGCCAACCCCACCCACUUCAAGAGGAACAUCACCCAAACCUUAUUUUAAAUAUAAUCUCUCAUCAUCGACUUUAAUACCAUCCUCGUCAUCAAAAAGUGUAAAUUACACAUCUUUACAAAACGAUGAUGAAAAUAACCCUCCUGUAGGUUCGUCUGAAUGGGAGCAGGAAAGGUGGAGACACUGGGAAAAAAUUGCUGCGGAGAAAAAAAGUUUAGAAACUGAGCAAGAAACAUUGGUGUGAGUGGAGAAAAGGUAGCAGGACUCAACUGUGCCAGAAUGUGCUUCUAUGUUGAAACAUUAUAAUUACCUGUGUUAUGUGUUUUCAUAUGUGCUCAAAGGUAUCCCAAUUUAAAAAUGGAUUUGUUUUUUGAACACAAAAAAUAUAAGUUUUGCUAAAGAUCAACAGAUAAUGCAAAUUUUUCUUCUUUAUAAUGUAGCGUGCAUGCUGAAGACAGCUAGCAUAUAGUGGUGGUAAAGUGUUUCUCCAUUUGAAACAUAAGGCCUAAUUGAAAAAAAAAAGCUGAUUACUAAUUUUUUUAAUUCAGCUCAUUCCAACUGUUUUAGCUACAAGUGUAUCUUAGAUUUGUUAAAUCUUAGCUUGAGAAAUGUCAAAACACAUAACCCUGACUCAAGAGUAUUAUUAGUUCCCAAAGUAGAGCUCAGAAUUAAUGGAGGAAUCAAAAUGUUUGUAGUUUUCAGUAUAACAGGGUAUUUUUCUUUGUGGCGAAAGAAACUUAGUAGAUCACAAAGCUCUGUAAACAAUAUUUUAAGUACCAAUGGCAGUCUUCAUUUAAAUUAGAUUUUGUGUCCUCAGUAUUUUAUACUGCUUGCUUGAGCAAUCAUUGAUUGGUGCUAACAACUAAGAAAUAAUUUUAAAAUUAAAACUGCAUUUUGUUUAACUACCCAUUUUAAAAACAAAAUUAUGAAAUUGGCAUUGUUCACUUGGAUGUUUUUCAAAGUAGUAUCAUUAAAAUAACUUUUUUUUUGUUUAAUAGGAGGGUUAGAUUAAAAAAGCAGCUGUACUUGGUGUGCUUUAUAAAUGAUAACAGUGCUCAACAUGAUAUGGCAUAAUUCACUGAUUGUGAGGAGGACAAUUUUACCUUCAGGGUUUUGAAACAUGAAUGAUUCUGUACAGAUAAUGUAAAUAUAUAUAUAUAUAUAUAUUACUUUGCUUACACAUGUUUUUAAUGGCAAAUCAAGUGUUCUUCCCUGAAAAAUAUGUACCUCAUUAUGUAAACCAAUGACAUGCAUGCUAAAUCAAAAUAUAUUUAACUGAAACAGUCUUUCCUCUGAUGUGCUUCCUACUCUGACAUCUUAGUUAAGUAUCUAAUUAUUUUUUUUUCUAAAACCUUAUGUGCAUGUAAUACUCAAAAAACAAAAAUUCACAUGAACAUGUUAGUUCAUCAACUGUUGCAUUUUUUAAAUAUAAAUAGGCUCAGUGUUGAGGGUGGGGAGAAGUAUAAUUCUCAGUAUGUUUCAUCCUGUUCCUAUAGUUUUUGACUUGCAAGCUAUUGUGUGCACAUCAAUUCAUCACUGUUUGAUACUACCAACUUGUCAUAAUACAAUUUGUACUUAUAUUUAAAAGCCAUUAAUUAUGUUUAUGAGAUCUACCUGUUGUAUUUUGUGUAGAUAAAAAUUCUGUGCUUAUUGAAUAUAUAUUACUUAUAAGAGGAAUAAACUUUUAAAUAAUAGUUACAAAAAAUUAAAUUAUGAAUGCUAAAGAUUUUGUAAAGUACCAUUGAGAACACUAUGUACUAGCAGAUGCUAAAACCUUUUUAUAUGUAUGUAUAUUAAUAUACAACAUUGUUACUUGAUAUGGCUGUGUAAAUUAAAAUGUACUUAAAUUUCUUUGUAGAUAUGUAUACCAGCAAGAUUUUUGCCUAAGAAUUAUAGACGAAUUCAUUGUACAAUGCAAAAUGCUGAGGUAUUAAUCAUAAUGACAAGUUAGAUGUUGAGGACAACUAAAUCAAAACACUUUGAAUAAUUUUUUUCAUGUUUUGUAUUUUUUUUAAAUGUAAGAAGCCUGCAUAUCAAUUUCUACCAGAAUGUUUUUUUUUUUGUAAAACAAAUGCAAAAUAUCCUAUGAACAUAAUUUUUCCUAGCAUUCAUUUUCAAUUGUUGUUGCUGUUUAUUUGCCAAGCUGAUUAAUGCAAUAAUCAUAAUAAAGAAUAUGGACAU